GAAACUUCCGAAGGAAAGCAGGUGGAUGGAUACAUAGGCAUGGCCUUCCUCCGACUGCCCUUUCUGGCCUUCUUGAGCUUCACCUCGGGCUGUCACCAUAGGCUCUGUCACUGCUCUAACGGGGUUUUCCUGUGCCAGGAGAGCCAGGUGACAGAGAUUCCCGCAGACAUCCCCAGGAAUGCUGUUGAACUGAGAUUUGUCCUUACCAAGCUUCGAGUCAUCGCAAAAGGAGCGUUUUCGGGAUUUGGGGACCUGGAGAAAAUAGAGAUCUCUCAGAAUGAUGUGUUGGAAGUGAUAGAGGCUGGUGUGUUCUCCAACCUUCCCAAGUUACAUGAAAUUAGAAUUGAAAAGGCCAACAACCUGCUACACAUUGAUCCUGAGGCCUUCCAGAACCUUCCCAACCUGCGGUAUCUGUUAAUAUCCAACACAGGUAUUAAGCACUUGCCAGCGCUUCACAAGAUUCAAUCUCUGCAAAAGGUUUUACUAGACAUUCAAGAUAAUAUAAACAUCCGGACGAUUGAAAGAAAUUCAUUCAUGGGACUAAGUUUUGAACCGGUGACUCUCUGGCUGAGUAAGAAUGGGAUUCAAGAAAUACACAACUGUGCAUUCAAUGGAACCCAACUGGAUGAGCUGAAUCUAAGUGACAACAAUAAUUUGGAAGAAAUGCCAAAUGAUGUUUUCCAAGGAUCCUCUGGACCCAUCAUUCUAGAUAUUUCAAGGACAAGAAUCCAUUCUCUGCCGACCUAUGGCUUAGACAAUCUUAAGAAGCUGAGAGCCAGGUCAACUUACAACUUAAAAAGGCUUCCCAGUUUGGACAAGUUUGUCUCCCUUAUGGACGCCAGCCUCACCUACCCCAGCCACUGUUGUGCCUUCGAGAACUGGAGACAACAAAGCUCGGGGCUUCAUCCACUUUGCAACAACUCUAUUUUAAAGCCAGAAGUUGAUGAUGUGGCUCAGGUUAGGGGUCAGAAAGUCUCCGUGACAGAAGAUGAUGAAUCCAGUUACGGCGGAGGAGUGGAUAUGAUAUAUAGCGAAUUGGACUAUGAAUUAUGUAAUGAAGUGGUUGAGGUGACCUGCUUCCCUAAGCCUGAUGCAUUCAACCCGUGUGAAGAUAUCAUGGGGGACAAUAUCCUCCGAGUCCUGAUAUGGCUGAUUAGCAUCCUGGCCAUCACUGGGAACAUCAUAGUACUGGUGAUCCUGAUUACCAGCCAAUACAAACUCACUGUUCCCAGGUUCCUUAUGUGCAACUUGGCCUUUGCCGACCUCUGCAUUGGCAUCUACCUACUGCUCAUAGCAUCUGUUGAUAUCCACACCAAGAGCCAAUACCACAAUUAUGCCAUUGACUGGCAAACUGGAGCAGGCUGUGAGGCUGCUGGCUUCUUCACCAUCUUUGCCAGUGAGCUCUCGGUCUAUACUCUGACAGCCAUCACCAUGGAAAGAUGGCAUACAAUCACCCAUGCCAUGCAGCUGGACUGCAAGGUGCAGCUCCGCCAUGCCGCCAGCAUCAUGCUUGUGGGCUGGGUCUUUGCCUUCACAGUUGCCCUCUUGCCCAUCUGUGGCAUCAGCAGCUAUAUGAAAGUGAGCAUCUGCCUGCCAAUGGACAUCGAUAGCCCUUUGUCACAACUGUAUGUCAUGUUCCUCCUUGUGCUCAAUGUCCUGGCCUUUGUGGUCAUCUGCAGCUGCUACACCCACAUCUACCUCACGGUGAGGAAUCCCAACAUCGUGUCUUCAUCUAGCGACACCAAGAUCGCGAAGCGGAUGGCCUUGCUCAUCUUCACUGACUUCCUUUGCAUGGCGCCCAUCUCCUUCUUUGCUAUCUCUGCCUCCCUCAAGAUGCCCCUCAUCACUGUAUCCAAAUCAAAGAUCCUCCUCGUGCUGUUCUACCCCAUCAACUCCUGUGCCAACCCUUUCCUCUAUGCCAUCUUUACCAAGACCUUCCGCAGGGAUUUCUUCAUUCUGAUGAGCAAGUUUGGCUGCUAUGCAAUGCAAGCCCAGAUCUACAGGACAGAAUCCUCAUCCACUGCCCACAGCUCCCAUCCGAGGAGUGGCCGUUGGCCUUCAGCUGCCAAGAUCACUAAUGCUUCCAGGUACGCACUUGCCCCUCUCAGCCACAAAAUGAAGAGCUAAAACACCAGGUGAAAAUGUGUCUGCAGGGUCGAAGGACAAGUCUUGCCUUUGAAGAGUACACCAUGGAUUUCUCACCCCAUCUCAUUUUAUCCCCUGCCAUGUUAGUGAAGUAAAUUGGUCAGAAACUACUACCACCAUGUAACAGAUGAGGAAGCUAAAGUAUCACUAGGACACUAGUAGUCAUUAAA